AUGAAUGAUAAUAAAGAACAAGAAAGUUCGGGAGACAAAGAAAUUUCUGGAGAGCCCAAAAUUUCUGUUGAUAAAGAGGAAGAAGUUCCUGGAGAGCUUGAAAAUCCUGUUGAUGAGGAGAAAGAAGUUCCCGGAGAGCUCGACAAAUUAUUGGCUAAACAGGCCAAGAAAAGCGCGAAAAGAGCACAAAAAAAAGCCGCAAAAAAUGGCACUUCCGCUGUAGUCAAUGACCCUGCAAAACUUGCGGCGAAACAAGUAGAGUUAGAGGAAAGAGUUAGAAGUUUAGUGAAUCAAUUAGCAAUUCGUGAAGCUAUGGCUUCUUCUAGUACAAGUAAAGAAAAGGAUACCGGCGUUCACAAGUUUUGGAGUACUCAGCCUGUUAUUCAAAAUGACGAGGUAGUUGAAAAAGAAGGACCUAUCGAGCCAAAUACGCCUCAUGAUCAAAUUCGUAAAGAGCCAUAUAUUCUGCCGAAAGAAUUCGAAUGGUCCACAAUGGAACUGAAUAACCCAGAAGAAUUAAAUGAACUUUAUAAUCUCCUGACAAAUAACUAUGUCGAAGAUGAUGAUGCAAUGUUCCGUUUUGACUAUUCCGAGAAGUUCUUGAAAUGGGCUCUUCAACCGCCUGGAUAUAAGAAAGUAUGGCACGUAGGAGUACGUGUGGCUGCUACAAAGAAGCUUGUCGCAUUCAUUAGUGCUAUUCCCGCUGAUAUUCGAAUAUAUGAAUCGUAA